ACCAGAUUUCCACCAGAUUUCCACCACGCCUGUGUUUCCUUCAACUCUAACACAAUUGGAAUCAUGGCACCUGUAGGCCAAGCUGAUCAGACCGCCGUCGAGAACCAACUCAAAGAUGUGAUCCAAGACCUCUACCAGAUCAUGGUCCAAGUCUCAGCCUACGAUCUCGCAGGGCGACCAACCAGAGACGUACUCGAAGCCAACAUCAAGCAACUGCACAAAUCACUCCAAAGAGUGCACGCGACAGCGAGCUCGCCAACAGCGGCGCUGCCCAGCAUCCCGCCCGAGCUGAUCCAGUACGUGGACAACGGACGCAACCCGGACAUCUACACGCGGGAAUUCGUGGAGCUGGCGCGGCGCGGCAAUCAGUUGAUGAAGGGCAAGAUGACGGCGUUUGCGGAUUUCCGCGACGUGCUGGCGGGCGAGAUGGGCAAGGCGUUGCCGGAGCUGAGGGAGGAUAUUGGGAGGGUGCUGGAUGAGACGGGGGGGAGGAAGGAGGUUGUUUUGAAGGAAGAUGAGAGUAUGAGUGGAUAAAUGAAUGGAUGAGGGAGG